AUGUUGCAAUUAACAACCGUUCGCUGCUUUAAGGGGCUUGACAGUUUAAAGGGGUUUGGUUCAUUGUUUGGCGACGGAACUCGGUGCGAUAAUGCAGGAAGCUGUUCAGGGGGUAGAGGAGGGGUUUCUUUUUUAAAUAGUGGAUUUGGUUUUGGAUCGUUUUCAAAUGGUUUACCCACGAAAAUUUCGAGCGGGUUUUCGUCUGGUUCUCAGGGGUUUGGCUCAUUUGGAGGUGGACGUGGUUCCGAGGGAGGAAAUUGGAGUGGCCCAUUCGGUGGCCCAUUAGGUGGACUGUUUGAAAAGGCCCUGGAGUGGUGUAGCGAGGCUCAUGCACAUGACAUUGCGCGACGUCAAGGGAUUGAUAUCCGAGAAAUCCGUUUUGAAAAGACACCAGAAGGUGGCGUAAAAGUUUUUGUGGAUGCACCACAGGCAACUCCAAAACAAAUUGAACAGCUCGGAGAGCAAGUGAUGGUGGAAUGCCCAGUGGCUCGUUUUAGGAAAACUCAUUUGACGUCGCCUCAGCAGACAGUUCAAUGGCUCCGUCUUCCUGAUCGUUACGACCGCUAG